AUGUCCAAAUCAAGGAGUUGCUUUGGUUAUCCCUUGAGCAUCUUCUUCAUCGUGGUCAAUGAGUUCUGUGAAAGAUUUUCCUACUAUGGAAUGAGAGCACUCCUGAUUCUGUACUUUACAAAUUUCCUUGGAUGGGAUGACAAUCUGUCCACUGCCAUCUACCACACAUUUGUUGCUCUGUGCUACCUGACGCCAAUCCUCGGAGCUCUUAUUGCCGACUCGUGGCUGGGAAAGUUCAAGACAAUUGUGUCUCUCUCCAUUGUCUACACAAUUGGACAAGCAGUCACUGCAGUAAGCUCAAUUACUGACCUCACAGACUUCAACCACGAUGGAAUCCCCAAUAGCAUUUCUGCACAUGUGGUAUUGUCCAUGUGUGGUCUGGCCCUGAUAGCUCUAGGGACAGGAGGAAUAAAGCCCUGUGUGUCUGCAUUUGGGGGAGAUCAGUUUGAAGAGGGCCAGGAAAAACAAAGAAACAGAUUUUUUUCCAUCUUUUAUUUAUCCAUCAAUGCUGGAAGUUUGCUUUCCACUAUCAUCACUCCCAUGCUCAGAGUUCAACAAUGUGGAAUUCACACUAAACAAGCUUGUUACCCACUGGCAUUUGGGGUUCCUGCAGCUCUGAUGGCUGUGUCUCUGAUUGUAUUUGUCAUUGGCAGUGGAAUGUACAAGAAGUUCAAGCCACAGGGGAACAUCUUGGCUAAAGUGGUCAAGUGCAUUGGGUUUGCUGUCAGAAAUAGGUUUAAGCAUCGGAGUAAUGAAUUUCCAAAGAGGGAGCACUGGCUGGACUGGGCUAAAGAGAAAUAUGAUGAGCCGCUCAUCUAUCAGAUUAAGAUGGUUACAAGGGUAUUGUUCCUGUAUAUUCCUCUCCCAAUGUUCUGGGCAUUGUUUGAUCAGCAGGGCUCAAGGUGGACACUGCAAGCAACAACUAUGAGUGGAAAAAUCGGAACUAUUGAAAUUCAGCCUGAUCAGAUGCAGACUGUGAAUGCCAUCUUGAUCGUUAUCAUGGUCCCCAUUGUAGAUGCUGUGGUGUAUCCUCUGAUUGCAAAAUGUGGUCUCAAUUUCACAUCCUUGAAGAAGAUGACAGUUGGAAUGUUUUUGGCUUCCAUGGCCUUUGUGGUGGCUGCAAUUGUGCAAGUGGAAAUUGAUAAAACUCUUCCAGUCUUCCCCAAAGGAAAUGAAAUCCAAAUUAAGGUAUUGAAUAUAGGAAAUAAUGCCAUGAAUGUGUCUUUUCCUGAAACUAUGGUGACACUUGGCCCAAUGUCUUCAACGAAUGAAUUUAUGACUUUUAAUAUAAACAAACUGCCAAAUAUAACCAUUUCUUCUACUGGAUUACAAAACACAUCAGUAACUCAUAACUUUGAGCAGGGCAAACGCCACACCCUUCUUAUCUGGGAUCCCAACCAGUACCGAGUGGUGGAGGAUGGCCUUACCCAGAAGCCAGAAAAAGGAGAAAAUGGAAUCAGAUUUGUAAAUACGUUUGAUGAGAGCGUCAACAUUACAAUGGAGGGCAAAGUUUAUGAAAAUGUCACCAGUCACAAUGCCAGCAAAUAUCAAUUUUUUCCUUCUGGCACAAAAACCUUCAGUAUAAGCUCAGCAGUGUUUCCACCACAAUGUAAAACUGAUUUCGAAUCUCCGCGCCUUGAAUUUGGUAGUGCAUACACCUAUGUAAUAAAGAAGAAUGAAAGUCAAAUGGACUGCCCUGAUUGGGAAGCAUUUACAGACAUUUCACCCAACACGAUUAACAUGGCGCUGCAAAUCCCACAGUACUUCCUCCUCACCUGUGGCGAGGUGGUCUUCUCUAUCACGGGACUGGAGUUCUCAUAUUCUCAGGCUCCUUCCAACAUGAAGUCGGUGCUUCAAGCUGGAUGGCUAUUGACAGUGGCUGUUGGCAACAUCAUUGUGCUCAUCGUGGCCGGGGCAGGCCAGUUCAGUGAGCAGUGGGCUGAGUACACUCUAUUUGCUGCAUUGCUUCUGGUUGUCUGUAUAAUAUUUGCCACCAUGGCUCGAUUCUAUACUUACGUCAAUCCAGCAGAGAUUGAAGCUCAGUUUGAUGAAGAUGAAAAUAAAAGGAGCAUUGAAAAGAAUAAUCAACCUACUUUGUUGGGUCCUGUCUCACAGACACAGAUGUGAAUGUCAAGAAGUAAGUGAAUGAUGGACUGGGUCCAGCAAACUCCCUGGCUUGUAUCUCCAACUGGCAGGACACUCUGUUGGAUGGCCCCUGAUGGGGGAGACUUUAGAAUUGUGAACCAAACCAAGAAAGGUAUUUUCUAAGGA